AUGCAUAUAAUGGAAAACACAGUUAAAAAAAAGUCAAAUGACAAAAAAGAGAAAAAAAAAAAAAAUGAUAUUAAGGAAAAAAUAUUAACUGGAAAAGCUGUUUUAUCCUUUGAUGAAGAAAUUGAAUUUAAUAAAUGUUGUUCUAUAGGAGCUAAUUAUGUUGAGGACACUAAUGAAGUUAAAAAAAAAAGUGUAUCGGAUGGAGAUAAUAUCCCUUUAAAGGGUACUGUAUUGAAUAAAAAAAAAACACAAAAGAAAAAUGAAAAAGAGAAAAUAGACAAUAUAAAUAAGAAUAAUAAAGAUAAGCCCAAAAAAAAAUGCACACUAGAGAGUAAAACGUCAAAUAACAAAAGCGAUAAUAUUGAAGAAGCAAAUACAUACAAUGUCAACAAUAAUAACAGUAAUCAAAAUAUCGAUAAAAUUAAUGAAUUUGAAUCAAAUUUAAGUAAAAAUGAUACUUAUAAUAUAUUAGACAGUUCAACAAAUAGUACAGCUAGCCCAAUAAUAUGCAGAACUAAUAAUGAUUUAAAAAAGAAAAAUUCCACAAAAAUUGCAAAACUUGAAAACAGUAAUAAUAUUAUUAAUUUAGAAGAAGAUCAUGGGGAAUUUAAUAAGUGGAUAGAACUUUUACCAAAUAUUAAUUCACAAAUAGAAACAAUUUUGAAAAAUCAACUACCAUGCUAUAAUAUUCUUAACAAUAUUAAAAGAAUUAAUAAAAUAAGAAGCAUUUCAUUUAAUGAAAAUAAUGAAAUGUUAAAUUCGAUUGAACAAUCAAAUCUUAUGUUCAAUUCUGUAAGCAUCUCUUCUAAGGAAAAAUAUAUUAUAAGAUUUUUAUGUGAAGGAUCAACUUGCAAUUUAACAGAACUUGUUGAUUUGUUGUAUUAUGUUUUAAAUAAUAAAGAAUUAACAUAUGAUAUGCUUCCUGUAAAAUUUGCACUUGAUAAUAGUACCAAAAUAGAGAAAAGUGAUUUUUUAAUAACUAAUGAUAUAGAAAAAAAAAUAACAGAAAAUAACAAUUCCCCUAUCCUAAAUCGUAAUAUUAACAUGAAUAAUGAAAAUGAAAUUUCGAUAGACAAUUUGUCAGAUGAUGAAUAUUUAUUCGAUGAUGCAGAAAGUGAAAAACCGUCUUUCGAUAAUAUAUCUAUUAGUAAAGACAAUUUAUAUUCGUGUAUUCCUAUAUUAUUAAGUAGAAAAAAUUUAGGGAAUAAUAUGAAAAUAAUGAAUGUAAGUAAAAAUGAUAAUAAUGAAAAAGAAUGCCUAUGGGUUUGGGAAAAUGACAAUUAUGAUAGUUUUCCUUCUUAUUAUAAAGAAAUAUUUAAAUAUUAUAAAGAACUUCGAAGUAAUAUUAGCAAAAUAUAUAAAACUCUAAUUAAAUUAAAAAGUUCGAUUAUGAUUAAAGAUUUACAAAAUACUAUAAAAAUGCAUGAUUAUUUAAAUGAAUUAAAAAAAAAGCAAUAUAUGGAAUCAGAAAAGAGGUGUAAAAGAAUAUUGAUCGAGAAAAAAAAAAUUACAAAAAAAAAAAUGGAUAUCAAAAAACAAGAAGAAAAAAAAACAGCAACUAUUGUUAAAUUAGACACUACAGUUCAAAAUAAAGUAGAAGAAAAGAAACCAACACAACAAAAUCUUAUAUUAUCAUGGCUAACCAUCAAAAAAAACCAAAAUGGAAAUGCUCUCAAUUCGAAUGACAGUACAGAGCAUAUUGUUAAGCAUUCAAUCAUCAAUUUUACUAAUUUAAGCAAUGAGCUUAGUGAAAAUAUUCAGAAGGCUCAAAGUCAACUCCCCAUAUUCUCAUGCAAUAAAAAGUCUACAACCGAGUCAUUUAUCACAUUCACAAAAAAUUCUAAUCAAGAUAAAGAGAAGCUAUUUAAUGACUAUGUGGACGUGUGUACUAAUCAUAAAAAACUUGUAACCGAUUAUUUUAAAUUAUACGUGGACAAUAAAGAAUUUGUUGAAGAAAUUCCUUCAGUUGAUAGCAUUGAUGGCAGUAAAAUAGUUAUGCAGAAUGAAAAAGAUGUAAGGUCUAAAAUUUGGGAAGAUAGCGAAUUCUAUUUGAAGUUAAAAAAUUCUGAUUAUGUUAGAAGUUUUUAUUUUUAUGACAACUCUUGGACACGACCAUAUAUGGCUCUACUCGUGAAUAAAGUUUUAGAUGACAACAUAAAUUUGUACCCAUUUUAUUAUCAUGAUGAUAUGGAAUAUGAAAAUGACACAAACGAAGAUUAUUAUGAAAAAUUUGAAGCUAUCGAUUUGACAACUGAAAAUGAAGAAAAUGAAACGGAAAGUGAUGGAAGUUCACAAGAUAUGUUUAUUGUCCCAGAUAAUGAAAUUAAUAAUGAUAUUGAAAUAACUCCGCUAGUUGUACCAACCAGCCAAGAUAUUUACUUUUUUUCACUUUUUGAUUGGGAAUGGAAAUUUGAAGGAAACGAAAGAAGAAAUUAUAACAUACUUGAUAAAAACACGUGGAAAGAAUUUAACCUCAUAUAUAAAGACAACAACUAUGGGUGUCAGUACAUGACAUGGGGAAAAGAUAAUAACCCGUUCAAAUAUUUGGCUGACACAAAGAACAUGAAAAAUACAUUAGAUGACUAUGAUAUUAAGAGAUUAAUAAAGCAUUCUCAUGGAAAAGUAACGAAAAAGGAUGUGUUAGUUGACCAAUUUAAGCUAAAGCAUGAUCAUUUAACAAAAGCAGACACUGAGCGAAAAUUUAAAAUAUACUUGACUUAUGUUAAAUGUGAAGACAAUAGAAAGAAAUGGAUGGCUUCGGAGGAAGGAAUUAAAUUAUUUAAAAAUGAAGAACUACUAAAAAAAAUAUAUCAAAUAAGAAAAAGAAAACUAAACGUAAUGUCUCAAAAAAUGGAAGCAGUCAAAAGGCAAAAAAAAAUGGACAAGGAAAAUUUAAAAAAAGAAGAAAAAAUAAAAAAAAAGGAAAAGACAACCUAUGAAAAAUUACCAACUAAAGAGUCUUUAAAAAAAGAUGAAAAUACGAAGGAUGCCAAAAAAACGGAAGAAGAAUCCAUAACAAAAAGUGAAUCAUCAAAUUUGAUUCAGAAAUUAUUAUCAAGUGGCUCGAUAGCAAAUGAUAACAAAACGGAUAAAAAAUUAUGA